CGUCACAAACACCAACAGGACAACAGCACAGUGUCGUGGUAUCGGGCCGCGUCCAGUUUGGCUGAUGCGUGGCACAUUAAGUUUGAUGUUUUUUGUAUCGAACGGAUCGAAACGCGGGGAGUGACGUGAGGGGGCGGUCCUUCUCCAACGGUGACGUCAGUAGUUCAGCGCGUUGUUGCAGAGUCACUGCGACGGUUCGACUGUAAACAAGGCUGAAGUAAGCUCGGCCUCGGCGUCCCUUCAUCUCGGAUCUUCGCGACCAUCGGUGUUCGUUCGUCAGCGACUUCGUGGUACGAGGUUCGCCGUCCGUGCGCUGUGUUUCAGUAAAGGCUGAGGUCGUGUUUUCGCGGAACACGGAGCUUUAACAUUUCAAGCUAGCCACAGCUAGCCUGUCAGCCCUCUUAGCCUGCCUUAGCUGUCGCUAGCCUCGCUAGCUUGUCACCGUCCAACGGCCUGUCGCCAGGGAGCUGAUCUUUAUGCCCUGGGCAUAUCUGUCUUCACUGCGACCAGGAUAUCCUGAACCCUGGGUGGCUGGUCAGAGCAGCCUCCUCCCACCAUGGAGGCAGGAGGAAAGGACUGUGAGGAGGAAACCCUGCAGACAGCCUUUAAGAAGCUGAGGGUCGAUGCUGAGAGUUUACCCGGAGCUGUGAGUGUUUCGGAGGCAAUGGUUCCCCGAGCAGCAUCACGCGCUUGUCUCGAUUCCAUCGGAGCGAAGCCCAAACUCAGCUGCCCGAAGGACAACUGGCAUGGCUGUAUGAGGAAAACCUCUAGAGGAGCGUCUAGAACCCAGCGGCGUCGCAGGUCCAAGUCCCCGAUCCUCCACCCUCCUAAGUUCACCUACUGCAGCACCGCGGCAUCUUCCGUACUGUCGACCCCUAGUGGCUGCCUAAAGCACCAGCGCCUGGCCGUGCCUGAGCCCGUGGAGCCUCGUCCUGCAGUCGAUGGAAGACUGUCCUGUGUAGCAGUCCCUGCCCAGAAAGAGCUCCCUUCUUCAGGGACUUCGGGCCACAUCUCUCCUCUGGUGUUUGGAUCUCAUGCUGAGUAUGAGACGCAUGUAGAAGCUGUGAUUACCCCACAAGAGAUGCCCACUGCUGUUACUGCUCUUGUGGCAUCAAGCAGGCAGGAUGAAGGAAGCUCUGGAGCUGCCCCGUCAAGCAAGAAGAGCGGCCCAAGGAAAAGUGCCUGUGAUGGAGCAGAGUCUGUAGCAGGAGCUCCUUUGAUAUCGGGAACAUCGGAGGCCGCUGACUUCCGAGCUCUAUCAGAGCUCAGUAGCAGCAUUGGAUCUGCAGAAAGCCCGCACGGGUCCUGCUUCUGUGCCUGGAGAAAGAGUUCAGAUUCCCAGGACGAGAGCCAGCGGGGGGCUGAGUGUCAGUGCCAGUCCAGCCAUCAGGGCUGGGCUGGUGUGGAGGUGUACUCCUUCACGGGGCUCCGCAAUGUUAUCUCAGAGUGCGAGAAGAGCCUGCCGAGCCACGAGGACUCCCCCAGAACUCUGAGCGCCAGCAGUAACACCGCCUCAGCUUCGUCAUUGUCGUCGGGCUCCCCUCGCUCGUGCUCGGAGCAGGCGAGAGCCUAUGUUGACGACAUCACAAUAGAGGACCUUUCUGGCUACAUGGAGUAUUACCUCUACAUCCCCAAGAAGAUGUCACACAUGGCUGAGAUGAUGUACACUUAGUCGAAAUCUUUAUAAUAUUAUGAGGAAAUCACAAGAUAGAGAGGGCUUUUCUUUUCUGUGGCCGAGGGACAAGGUGGCCUCGAAGUGUCAGCGGUGGAGAGAAGAACUGAUCAGACCUGGAAGUUGUAAUUUAAUUGAUUUGAAGCCAGUUUCCCUGCCAGAAACAGAUUCUCACCAACUAUUUCUCAUUAAUUUUGCCCUGCUUUUUGUGCUACAUUUAAAUGAUUUAAUGUUCUGUUUCUAAAUGAAGAUGCCAAAGCUCUUGGUGCAGGGUCUUGCAGAACGAAAUAACAGGAAGGAUGUGCGAAUUUAUGAUGCCAAGUGUUUGUGGUGUAGUGAUCUUGAAAGUCACCUGACUGGAUUUCAUUUCACUCAAUAAAGAAGCAAAAUGUU